AUGUCUGACCUCGAGAGAAAGGAAGGUCCAGGUCCUGCGGUUGAGUUUGAGACACGGGAUGACGGUGUCAUUGCGAUUUCAGGUUUCGCCUAUCCAAAGCGGAAUCACGACUUCGAUGCUACGAUCACCGUCAAUGACACUGCUAUCGGUAACGUCAGCGGCAAUUUGGUGGACGAUGUCACCCUUAAUCUCAAUCUGUUCACAGCGAGAGGGAGAUUGAGGUUCUAUCUCCAGAAUGGCUCCGAAGUAUGGGUGGAGCUGAACAUCUUAAUCAUGUCGCGUGGAAAGUACUAUGACGGAGAAAGAUAUUUGCUCAAGCAGCUCUAA